AUGUCGGAUCCUGAAGAAAUCGCGACUGAGGAGGCAAUACUCAAGGCCAUGUCUGAUUGCUGUCAUGAUUUCCCAGAUCAGAUGUUCAAAAUCGCCCAUCGAUACUUCACUCGAUACAAAAGAAUCGGAUUGAUCACCGACCUAGACAAGGCUAUCAGCAUGGCAACUAAGGCCAUUGAUCUCACGCCAGAGAAUCACGCACGUCUAACUCAACGUCUGAUCAACCUCUCUGUCUACUGGCACGAAAAAUACCCAAGAAGUGAUCCACAGAAUGUUCAAGGGCUUCGAGACUCCAUUAAGGCCUCGCGAAACGCAAUUGCAGCUCUUCCAGAAGCUUAUCCAAACCGGGGAACAAUUCUUGAUCAGUUAUCCACAAAGCUGGGAUUGCUCUUCAUGCAGACGCGAGAGCUAGUACUUAUCGAAGAAAACAUUGCAGUCCAGCGAGAAGCUGUGGAGGUAACACCAAUCAGCAAUCCGAAGCGUGUUUUUUUUCUAGCCAACCUGGCUGCUCCCCUUACAGGCCGACACCAAGUUCUCGGUAACAAGGAAGAUCUCGACGAAGCAAUUCAAAUAUGUCGUGAUGUCAUAGCGCAGACGGAUGAAAACUCGCCCCAGCUUCUCGAAAGACUCGGUAACCUCUCGCUAGGACUAAGCGAAAGAUAUGAUACACAUGGCGACCAAAUCGAUCUUGACGAAGCAAUCGAAGUUGUGAAACAAGCUAUUGAAGUUACCGAAGAAAACAGUCUGGAGCGCAUGGCCCAGCUGAGUAAUUAUGCUAAUUUCCUUGGUGACCGAUACCUCAGGGCGGGAAACAUCAGCGAUCUUGAAGAGUCCAUUCACAUAUUUGAUAUGGUCUGUGGCCAUCUCGCAGAUGAGGAAGUGUACCUGGAUAGACACAAAUGUUUCAGCAACUUUGGCAUCCAACUAAGUCGCAGAUACAGAAGGAUCGGAACCGUGGCUGAUUUGAAGCAAGCUAUACAAGUCGGACGAAAGGCUUGUGAACUGAGUCCCGAAGACGACAGCAAGUCGAAGUACCUAUCCAAUCUAGCAAUCAUCUUGAAGCACGAAUACUUCAGAACAGAUGAUCCAGAAGUUCUCGAGGAAGCCAUCGGCGUGCAGAGAAAGGCUGUAGAGGCCGUCCAUAAGAAUCACCCCAACAUAUUUGCCACACUUCACAAUCUUGCAACCCUUCUGACUACGAAGUACAAGCUUACGCAGAAGCUGGAGGACCUUGAAGAGGCAUUGAGACUGGGGCGGCAAGCUGUGGACUUGACACCGGAAGACCAUGCCAACAGAGCGGCUUGUCUCAACACUCUGGCAGUGCAGUUGAGUGACAUGUCCAAAAAGACUGGUUUGUCGAGCCAUUUACACGAAUCCAUCCGUUAUGGGCGAGAAGCACUGGAUAUAACGGAAGAAAUCCACCCAGAGCGUGCUAAUAGGCUUGUCAACCAAGGUGGCCGAUAUGGAAAAGAACUCGUCCAGUACUACGCGGCAGUACCUGACUGGGAUAAGGCUUAUGAAGCUGUCAAGACUGCGAUGGACCUUGUUCCCAAUCUCAUUGCACAGACGACUAGCAAUGUUGAUAAGCAAGAUGCACUGGUCCAAGUUUAUGGCCUAUCAUCCGAUGCAGCGGCUGUGGCACUGUCGGCGAACAGAGGAGCACUUGCUGCAUUACGGUUUCUUGAACAAGGGCGGGGGAUGAUGGCAGCUUCAGUUGAAGAAUCACGAAUGGAAACUCUCGAUCUUCGUACUGAGUAUCCCAAACUCGCGGAGCGUUUGACUCGAUUACAAAAUCAAAUCCGUUCUUCUGGAGCUGUCGGUCAUUCCAGAGAUGAGAUCCACAGGCCUUCAUCAUCAGGACGGCAGGUCGGAAUAAGCCAUGACCUGGACGAGCUUCACAAACUACUUGACGAGAUCCGCCGAAAGCCCGGAUUUGAAGACUUCCUCUCUGCGCCGAGCGAAUCCAGCAUCAAGAAUGCUGCAAUUCCAGGAGCGAUUAUGGUUAUCAAUGCCAGCGAAUUCCGUCGUGAUGCAAUUAUCGUGGAGCGCGACCAGAUUCGCAGCAUUCCCUUGCCUCUGCUUACAAUCCUCGAUAUAAGGUCCAAUGCCCAACAAGCCCACACUUCAAGUCCAAAGAUACUCGAGUGGCUGUGGCAUACUAUUGCUGAACCCGUCCUGGGUGCGCUAGGAGUUACUGAGGUUUCUCCUGAAGAACGUCUGCCACGGAUUUGGUGGAUCCCAACAGGCUUGCUAAGCAUAUACCCUCUCCAUGCAGCUGGCCGACAUUAUCAAGGAUCGCAGGAGGCCGUGAUCGACAGAGCCAUGUUCGAGGUAGUUCAGCCAAAGUCCCUCAAAGAAGAGAUUGUUUCGCAGCUUCCAGGGUGUAAGGUCUUCCACUUCGCUGGUCACGGUGCCACUAACCUGCGCGAACCUUCCCAAAGUAGCCUUCUGCUGGAGGAUGAACCUCUGACUGUGUCAACACUCCUCGACACCAACAUCCAGCAAUACUCACCAUUCCUUGCAUACCUUUCGGCGUGCGGUACAGGACAGGUUGCUCACGAGAAAUACCUAGAUGAAAACAUUCAUCUUAUUAGUGCCUUCCAGCUAGCUGGAUUCCGUCAUGUCAUCGGUACUCUUUGGGAGGUUGGCGAUGAUAUCAGCGUUCAUAUGGCAAGGAUCACCUACGAAGCUAUUCAGCGUGGUGAUUCUGCAGAUGAAUCGGUAUGCCGAGGCUUGCAUAAAGCGACAUUGAAGCUACGCGAUCAAUGGCUAAAAGAACAGCGUCCAACUUGUGGUCGCAAGAGGAAGGCAAGAUAUAUUCCACGAGAUGAAGGGGAAAUGAUGCUUGGUCACCGUGAUAUAGAAGCCUUGGAUGAUGAUGAAGAAGAAGUUUCGAGAUUACCACAAUGGGUUCCAUAUGUUCAUUACGGAGUAUAG